CUUAGGAAAAAGUCAGUUACUAGCGAUAACGCGUUGUUGUAGUACAUUUUUGAUCAAUAUAAAGAAAAUGACUUUGAUUAAAAGUUUAAUAGUCUUAGGUAUAGUAGCUCUGUGCCAGGCUGAUUAUACAGCAAAACAAGAGAAAACGAUAGAUGAUAUUGCAGAGCAGUGUGGUAUGGAUAUGGAUCUCAACUUGAACGAUGAUUUUGUGGAAAUGUUCAAAUCUACCGGAAACGUACCAGAUGAGGACGACACGCAAGCAUUUAUAACUUGCUUUCUCAACAAGAUCGGAGCGAUGGAUGAUGACGGAAAUAUCGUAAGUGAUAAGUUUAUUGACUUUGAGUCCGAUGGUCAUGACCUUGAGGCCGUCAAAGAGGUCGUUGAGAAAUGUGCCAAUGUCGAGGGAGAUAGCAUCAAUGAAAAGGGGUACAACUUCUACAGGUGUUUCUGGGAUGAAAAGAAAUAUGAUAUCUGAGAAGUGGAUGAGAAGAAGUAUUUUGUAAAAUGAAAACAAAUGAAAUAUUUUGAUUACAAAUUUCAAUGAUUCAGACUAAUUGGGGAGGUGAGGUGUGGGUAAAAAUAUUGAGAAAUAAAUCGGUGAAGAGAUCAAAUCGAAGCAGUAUAAAUAAAGUAGAUGUUCUUCUGGACCCCAACGUUUCUGUUUAAUUUUGUAAUUGUUUUUAUUUUUGGUGGUUGUUUUAAGUCAAUACUACGAUUUUAGACGAAAAAUUCCGACAUUUUGUAACCGUAAAACCUCCCCAAAUAGGGUGGCGUGGGGUGUUGGGGGGGUCAGGGUUUAGGGUUUAGGGUUUAAGUGAUGAAAAAAUACAUAAUUUUUGCGAUAAAAUAAACUCAAACGUUUUGCAUCAUUUGAACAA